AUGGCCCACUUGUACGACGACGAGAAGAAGAUCGGCUAUGUGGCCUCCGACGAAGUCAAUGCACCUCAGCAUGAUGGCAUGAGCAUUGAUACCAUAAGUGCUCUUGUGGCAGAAGACCACGGACAUGAAAUCCAAUUGCGAACAAUGUCGUGGCAAAAGGCCGCCUGGCUCCUCGCGGGUGACCAGGUAUGUCUCGCUAUUAUGGCUCAGACAUGGUCCCUCAGUGUCCUAGGCUGGGUCCCUGGCAUUAUCACCAUGGUUCUCGCCGGCAUCCUCUUCUGGAUCACGUCAAUGACCAUGUGGCGAUUCAUCAUGAAGUAUCCCCAGAUCAAGGACAUUUGCGACUUUGGCUACUACGCCUUUGGAAGGAGCAGGCUCGCGUACGAGUUCACUGGAUUCAUGCUUCUUGCGAACAAUAUCAUGCUCAUCGGCUUUCACGUCCUCACUGGCGCCAAGGUCCUCAAUACUCUGACCGACCACUCCUUGUGCACGGUGACCUUUUCUGUCAUUGUGUCCAUCAUGGGUGUGAUUAUGUCCUUGCCGCGAACGCUGAAGCACGUCAGCUUCAUGUCAAUGUUCUCCGCUUCCGCCAUGGGUCUUGCUAUUUUGCUUUUCCUCGUCUUCAGUGGGAUUGAGGCACAUCCCGGCUUAGGCUACAGUGGCGAGUGGACCGCCUCCGACCCUGUCAGGACAUAUGCCUUCCCACUGGCCGGCACAGACUUCGUCGCUGCCAUGGGCGCAGUACUCAACAUCAGCUUCCUUUGGGUGCCUCAAAUUCUGUUCCCAACAUUCAUCUCCGAAAUGGAGAAGCCGCAAGACUUCCCGAAGGCUCUAGCCGUCUUGGCUGGUAUCUCUGGCUUCUUGUUCAUCGUGCCGCCAGCCAUUGGCUUCCAUUAUCUCGGUCAAUACUCCACUGCACCAGCCUUUGGCAGUCUUGGGACGGACGUCUAUAAGAAGGCAUCGUUCGGGUUCGUCAUUGUUCCAACCCUAGUCAUUGGUGUGAUCUACGCCAAUGUCAGUGCCAAGUUCAUCUACUUCCGCAUCAUGGGCAACUCACGACAUGCUCACAGCAAUACCGUUAUCGGCUGGGGUGUGUGGGCUGCCGUUAUGGCAGUCAUCUGGGUCAUUGCCUUCAUCUUCGCCGAGGUCAUCCCGUCUAUGGGUGACUUUUUGUCGCUUCUCGGUGCCGCUUUUGACAGCUUCUUCGGGUACAUAUUCUUUGCCGUGGCAUACUACUUCCUUUACCAGGGCAAGUUUUUCGCGGGCAUCGGCAGGAGUAUUAUGACCGUUAUCCAUAUCUUCGUCAUGAUCGUUGGCCUAUUCCUCCUUGGCCCUGGUCUUUACGCCGCAGUCAAGGCUAUCAUGGUCGAUUACUCCGGCAGCACAAGGCCGGCAUUCACUUGCAAGAAUUUGUCUAUCUAG